UCGCCGCCAUGGUCCCGCGCUGCCCCAAGCUGCGCGUCCUCAGGGUGACCAAGGCGCCGUCCUCCGCAAGCAAGAUCGAGUUCCGCUCGGCGUCGCUGGAAGAGUUCGUCGGGAGGACGAAGCAGCAGUUCGCCAUCGACAUCGCGGCCCCCGCGCUGAAGAAACUGACGGUGGCCUGCAACAUGGGCACGGACGGCAGCUUGUCGGUCGUGGCACCGAUGGUGGAGGAGAUCUCCAUCAAGUGCUGGUACUUCUCCAUGGACGUUGAUCUCUACAGCGACAUGUGGCGCGUCGUCUUCCUCGGCAUACGGGCGGUGGAGGGCGGCGGCGACGCACCAGCACUCGUGCGCCCUCGCGCCCACGUCAUGUCGCUGCAAAUCAUUAUGAGCACUAGUUUUUCGGAGAGGACAUUUGCUGAAGAAAUGGAGAAGAUUCCUGUUCCCGUCGUCUCUGUUCUAGAGCUGAAGAUCGGAUCACGGGGCCAUGCCUUUGGACCACUGCUGCUGCACUUGCUUCGGAUUUAUCCUGCAGUGCAAAAGCUCGACAUCAUUCUACUAGAACCCCGGCCCAACGUGGAAGACACUUGCUUCAGAAGUAGGUGGUGCUACUGCGAGAAGCCUAACAGUGUCUGGAGAGAUGAAACUGUCGCCCUGAUGAGCCUCACGGAAGUGGAAAUCAAGGGGCUCAGAGGAGACUACAAUGAGGUCGAUUUCCUCCGGCUCAUCUUCAGAAGCGCGCCGCUGCUUGAGAGAGUGACCGUGAAGCUGUGCUCUGCAAUCAUUCCAGAUGCCGACUGGUACAACACAGUCCUCGACACCUUCGAGGAGCACCCUGGUGUGAACUGCACUGUCUGUUUGUAGGUCGGCAGGGUUCUGGACGCAUGAUUAGCAUGAUCCUACUAGCUGCAGCAAGAUUUGCUACCAUCGUUAACCUUUUAUUCUGUGGAAUCGUCGAAAACCUGAAACUUGGAGUUUGUCAUCGUUAACCUUG